AGAAGCAUAUUAACUACAAUACAUGAAAGUGAAUCCUCUAACGUCGUGCAACUUAUGGUUAUAUCCUCUCUCUCUGUAUAUAUAUAUUCCACUUCGAUAUGAUCCAUAUGUCAGUGGCACAGUAACCCUUAUAUUCUAAUCCUAACUACACUUAUCUGAGAAUGCCACUUAUUUAUGAUAGGAAAGAGUUACAGUAAUUUUUUCUUUUGAAGCUUAAUCCCUCUUUUAAUCAACAUCAUUAACCUUUUAAUGACUAAUUAUACUAUGCCACCCCUCUGCUGCCGUUCUCGCCGUCUCCCUUUUCUUCUCCGAUCGCCGCAGCUUCCGCGAAGAAUCCGCCAUUAAAAAAAAAAACCCGAGCUCUCCUCGCCCCGGCGAACGCAGCACCAUCUCCAGCGAGCAGCAGCAGCAGCGCGCUCUUCCUCCCUGCACUGCCCGUGCCCGGCGGCGAGGAGGGAGGGGGGGAGGGAGGGAUGGGGGCGGUGGCGUCGACGGUGGCGGCGCGCUUCGCCUUCUUCCCGCCGGCCCCGCCGUCGUACGGCGUGGAGCCGCCGCCGUCGCCGUCGCCGGCGGCCGCGGCGGAGGACGGGGCGGUGGUGGAGCUCAGCGGGGUGCCGCGGCGGGCCGGGGUGGAGGCGCGGCGGCUGCCGACGGGGCGGGGCACGGAGGUGGUGGCCAUGUACGUGCGCCAGCCCGGGGCGCGCCUCACGCUGCUCUACUCCCACGGCAACGCCGCCGACCUCGGCCAGAUGUACGAGCUCUUCGUCGAGCUCAGCUCCCACCUCAACGUCAACCUCAUGGGUUACGAUUAUUCCGGUUAUGGGCAAUCAUCAGGGAAGCCAAGUGAGCAGAACACUUAUUCUGAUAUAGAGGCUGCAUAUAGGUGUCUAGUAGAAACUUAUGGAGCCACAGAGGAAAACAUCAUUCUGUAUGGUCAAUCAGUUGGCAGCGGUCCUACUUUAGAUUUGGCAUCCCGUUUGCCUCAUCUGAGGGCUGUUGUUUUACACAGCCCUAUUUUAUCUGGCUUAAGAGUGAUGUAUCCUGUAAAGCAUACAUACUGGUUUGACAUAUACAAGAAUAUUGAUAAAGUUCCAUUGGUCAAAUGUCCUGUUUUAGUAAUCCAUGGUACAGCUGAUGAAGUUGUCGACUGUUCUCAUGGGAGGGCACUGUGGGAACUCUCUAAAAUAAAGUAUGAGCCUCUGUGGGUCAAAGGUGGAAAUCAUUGUAAUCUGGAACUAUAUCCAGAAUACAUCAAGCACCUAAAAAAGUUUGUCAUGGCCAUUGAGAAAUUACCACCUACAAAAGAUGAAUCCUCAGGGAGCUCAGGUCCUUCAGAUCCUUGUGAAAUAGGAUCAGAAAGUAUGCAGAGCUCAAGAAAAAGCACGGAUGUAAAGGAUAAAUCUAGGUCAAGCAUUGAUCACAGGCAUAGCGUUGAUAGGCGGGAAAAACCAAGAGGAAGCAUAGAUAGGAGAGAUAAAAGCAGAAAGAGUAUAGAUCAUCCUGAUAAGCCAAGGGCUAGUGUGGAUCAACCUGAUAGACCACGGAGAAGCAUCGAUCGUUUUGGAGGGAUGAUGAGGUCGGUGACAUCCGUCAAGUUGUGCAAUAUUGACUGUUUCAAAGUAACCUAUGCUUCUGGGAGCUGAGAAUACUGAAAGGUUAGUGUUUGUGAGUCAUCUGUAUUUACCCCGUUUGCAUUCUUUGUUCGUUUGUGGCUGGCUGUGGAAUGUGUAUUUUUUUUUCGGAAAUACGCUGUGGAAGGUAUAUUGAUUUGGGUAAGGCCUUGUCUUCUCCUUGAGUUGUUUCUUGAAAAGAAAUAGCCAUUCUUUCCCAACCCUUUUGAGUUUUUGGAGUACAUUCUUUUGUUGAGUUCAAGAACGACACUGCCGUGGAGCACUAAGGAGCACCGUUCUUACAUAGAUGUCAUGUACAUAUUGUUGUAUCAUUAUACUGUCCAGUUUUUCUUUCACACGGGAACAUUUCAAAGAUGUGAUCUAACAAAACUGGGAAUUUUUUUGUCCCUCUCGCGAGUUUUAUUGUCUGAUCAUGUACUAAUUCUGAAGAAAAUAAGCUAGUUACAGUACUUCGUCAUAA